ACUGAAGAAAAAUAUUUAAAAUUUAAAACAAUUUAUUAUAAAACAAUAGAUACUUUAGAAAAUCAAGAUGAUGAUAAUCAAAAAUUAGAAGAAAAUGCAAGUUUAUUAGAAAAUGAAAAUAAUUUUAAAAAAUCUUUUGAAAAAAAUUGUUGUGAAAAAAAUUGUUUACAAACCCAAGUUGAGUAUUCUAUGGCUUUAACUAGAUAUUUAAAUUUUAAAAAUCUUUCUAAGUCAUUUCAAGAUAUGUAUUUAUUAGGUAUAAUUGUUGCAACUAAACGGCCUGAAAUUGUUAGAAAUUCAAAAAAAUCCAAACUUACUACAGAAUAUACUUUUGAAGGAAAAUCAAUACAAAGUAUUAAACUAGCAUAUGAAGAUAUUCAAAAAUUUGGAAUUAAAAAUAUAAUACAUUCUGGAAAACCUAAUUCUUUAGAUAUUAUAGCUCAUAUUUCUUGGAAUUAUGCACAACAAAUUCAAUUACCAUAUUCAUCUCAACAAGAACAACCUAUUACCCCAUUACAUUCAUUGAGAUCAUUCACAACAUAUUCACUUCAACAACAAAAAAUAAUAGUUUUUUUUAAUUAG